AAAAAAAUAAAAUAACCUAUUUCGAGUUGUCGUAACAAUAAUAACUUUUCCCAGUUGGCGUUUGAAUGUGUUUCUAUAAGUUACCGUUAUUGUAUUGAAUAUGGUGUACACAGAGGAGUAUCUCAAGGAAAAACUUACCAAGGAACUGGAAGCCGUUCAUGUCGAAGUUGUAGAUGAAAGUGACGGCUGUGGCGGCAAGUUCGUGGCCUUGAUUGUCUCUGACAAGUUCCAGGGGAAACCUCUGCUAGCCCGUCAUAGGCUAGUGAACUCAGUACUGCAAGAGGAACUGAAAACCAUUCACGCAUUCACUCAAAAGACGUUAACAGUUGAUCAAUGGAAAGCUCAAAACUAGUUAUAAUAUUGUUGUCAACCAUUACACUGAUGUUCUAGUC